GGGUGAUUUCACCACAAGAUGAAACUUCGGUGCCAAACCCUGCGGAAGUGUUACGUGGCCGUAUUUUAACGGCAGAAAACAGUAGCAAAGCGUUCACACCACAAUGUGCAGUCCACACUGCGCCAUGGUGUUCCUCGUAGUCUUGGGGAUACUAACGUGCUUCAAUAUUGCGUCGGCUAAUGAUUGCUAUGUGGUGGCCCCCAACGUGCUACGAGUUGGCUCUAAGGAGCAUCUAUCAGUCGUCGUCGAAGGUCAACAACAAAAUGUGGCCGUUACGCUGCGUGAACAUUCAGGCCCGCAGAGGACAUUGUUUACGUGGAAUGGCGUUGUAACGUCUGGUGCGUCUAAAAUUGUGGACGUUACGUGGAAGGAAGACGUCCUCCAUGCUGUUGAUCUCAACGGCACGUCAAACUUUUACGUCGUUCUCAAUGUAAAAUGUGGUAGCCAGAGUCCCAUGGAAACGCAACUGCUGGUGAGCCCUGCUACAGCUAACCACAUCUUCAUCCAGACAGACAAGCCCAUUUACCACCCCAAAAGCAAAGUGCGUAUACGUCUGAUAUCGUUGGAUGAACGGCUGCGGCCAUUGCAGAAGAACAUUACGCUCCAACUGAAGAACCCACAGGAAAUCGUCGUCCAGGAACACAUCAUUAGUCCGUGGAAUACUCCGAUCUUCAGUGGUGAGUUUGACCUUCCUGAGAGAACCAUGCUUGGAGAAUGGACGAUUGUCGCCCUGCACGGCUACAAGAAUCACCUGAACUACACAACGACCUUCAAAGUAGACAAAUAUGUGCUCCCUCGAUUUUCGGUGGACGUAAGGACAGAAAAGCCGUACAUUUUGGAAGAUACCGAAUCAGUUGAAGUAUCUGCAACAGCAAAAUUCGUGAACAAGCAGAAUGUUCAAGGAUACGCGAUAUUUCGCUUUGGCGUAAAGUACGACACGAGUCAAAUUGAGUGGGUAGGAAGGAGUCAGCAGCCCAAACAGCUGAAAGAUGGAACAGCAACCUUCUCCCUGAAGAAAGGAGAUUUUCGUGGAAAAUAUACCGACCAACAGUGGCUGGCGCUACAUAGAGGACACGCGAAGCUGGUGAUUGAGGCGAACGUCACUGAAGAUGCGACAGAAGCAAAAGAAUCGGGGCUUUCCGAUCAAUGCGUGUUUUCAACCAGUCCCUACGUAAUCUCCUUGGAAGAUAACCAACGAACGUUCAAGCCAGGAGUCAACCUCUUCAUUCUGGCUAAGGUGUCGUAUCUGACGGGCGAUCCUGCCAAAGGUGUUCACUUGAUCUUGAAAGCCAAUGGGAGCAUCGUGAGAGACGCCGAAAAGGAAACAAACGAACAUGGACUGGCAAGCUUUCUUAUGGAAAUUCCAGAAACAACUCACAGCGUUAUUACCGUUCAGAUCGAAACUGCGUCCAGACGUUUGCCAGAAAAACAACGGGCGAAAGCGACCACCCGCCUAGAACCGUAUAAAACACCCCGUAACGGCUUUAUAGCGAUCCAGAGGAAUGACCCCAUGACUCCCGUGAAAGUUGAUCGAGAGUACAGCGCCGUUCUUUUUACAAAUUUGAAUGCGAAAUUUGGUGCUUACUAUACGGUCAUAUCCAAGGGGCGAGUGCUCUUCACAGCGGAAUUAAAAGGAGGAACAGUGCAGAAAAGUAUUUCAUUUCAAGUAACAGAAGAUAUGGUACCAAGCUUCCGAGUGGUGGCCUUUGCAAAAGUGCGUGACAUUAGGACAAAUACUCUCACCGUGCUCAGCGAUUCUAUUUACGUCCGCACGGAACGUUCUUGCGAUAAGAACUCAAAGACAGAAGUGCUCCUCGAAGAUAAGGAAACGGAGCCUGGUACUGCUCAAACAAUCACAAUCAAGGGAGAAGAGGGUACAGUUGUGGGCCUCCUGGGUGUUGACAAAGCGGUUUACUUACUGCACAAGAAAGGUCUCCUUACAUUUGACAAGGUGUUUUCUGCCUUGGAAUCCAAAGACCUGGGCUGCGGCAUGGGUGGUGGAGUUGACACCAACGAGGCCAUCUUAAAAUCAGGGGUAGUUGUCCUAUCGAGAUACCUACAUCCUACUCGCAGAAAUGACUUAUCAUGCCAUGAAAGACAUCGGAGACGAAGAGAGGCUACUCAAAAUAUUGCGGAAGAGUACGAAGAUCCAGGUCUUCGCAAUUGCUGUGAGCAUGGAAUCAGGAGGGAUCCUUACCACAAGACGUGCGAUGUCCGUGUGCAACAGCUUCAGGAAAUAGUACAGCCCGAGAAACAAGCGGACCUGGAUUGUAUUGCAGCAUACCAACGUUGUUGCUUGUUUAGAGAGGAAAAGGACGAAGAAGCUGGAGGUAUCAUGGCAAGAUCAUUCAGUGACAUUGACAGCAUUUACCCCGACAAUAUGCUGGGACCCGUGAAUGACAGGGAUGUGCGUAAGGACUUCCGCGACACCUGGCUGUUUGAUACCGUCAUAAUUGGCGCUUCUCAUGAAGCAAAGCACGAGACUACCCUGCCGGAUAGCAUCACCACCUGGGAGUUGGGAGCCGUUAGUGUGUCUCCACGUGGUGGGAUAUGCGUGGCAUCACCAGCAGAAAUCACCACCUUUAAGCCGGUCUUCAUAGAGAUGAACCUGCCGUAUUCCGUCGUUCAAAAUGAACAAAUUGAAGUACCAGUCACACUCUACAACUAUGGAAAGGAGGAGCUAAAGGCUAAGGUGUUUCUUCAAGGGACACGAGGCAUCUGCUCGUCAGCCAUAGAAGGAGAAAUAUCUCCAAUUCAAAAAAUCAAAGUUCCCAAGGGGAGCGGUCGUACAGUAGUAUUCCCUAUUGUUCCCUUGGAAACUGGAGACCGAUACAUCCAGGCCUCCGCCUUCACCACCAACGGGGCAGACAGCGCUCGAGUACGAUUGAGAGUCGAACCACCGGGAAAACCCGCAAAAAAGGACAUCACGUUGGUUCUGGAUCCACUGAACGAAAGGAAGAGAAAACAGAGAAGUGUAUCAUCACACGAGUACAAAGACACAAUCUCUGAUAACACGAAAACUCAGUUGGUGGCUUUGAAAGUCCCUGAUCUCAAGAACGCAGUACCUGGAACUGAGCACUGUGAAUUGAGCGUUAUCGGAGAUAAAUUAGGACAGGCUUUAGAAAUAGCGAUAAGCGACCCUGCACACCUGGUUAGGAUCCCUACUGGAUGUGGAGAGCAGACCAUGAUAUAUCUGGCCCCAACGCUGUACACCUACGGCUACUUAAAGGCGUCGAACAAAAUAACUGGAAAAUCAGAAGACAAGGCUCUUGAUGCCAUGCGGAAAGGAUACGCGCGGAUACUGACAUACCGUCAGCCUAAUGGGGCAUAUGCAGCAUGGCUUGACCGCAAAGCAAGUCAAUGGCUUACAGCAUUUGUAGUCAAGAAUCUAUGCGAAGCGAGGAAAUGGAUAAGAGUCGACGAGCAUGCUGUCACCAGCGCGCUUGCCUUCCUCAUCAGCAAGCAAAAUGUGGACGGGAGCUUUGUGGAAGACUCGCCUGUCGUCCACACCGAAAUGCUGGGAGGAGUGAAAGCUGCAGUCCCCAUGACCGCUUUCGUCAUGAUGGCGUUUUCAGAAUGCAUUAACGACGGAGUACAGGUAGAUAAAUUAAACGUCUCAAACGCGCGAGCAGCCGCGUACCUGGACAGAAAUCUAAGGCCAUCAUCUGAGGAGUACACACUGGCACUUGCUGCGUACGCCUUCGCCGUGGGAAACAACCCUUCGAGGUCUAAAGUGUUGCAGUAUCUAAAGAACGUCGCCAGUUACGCAGAAGGAACCAACAUGCGACACAUUCCUGCACCAACGCAGUCGCUUACUAUUGAGGCAACGGCAUACGCGCUUAUGAGUUUAGUCAAUGAGGGAAGCGAUCGGGAUUAUAUCGAAAGCUUUGUCAACUGGAUGAACAAGCGAUUUCGCCCAACCGGUUCCUCCAGCUCGACACAGGACACCGUAGUCGGCCUCCAGGCUCUUGCCAAGUACGCCAUAUACAGCAAGGAAGACCUGAUGGACAUCACGUGCGAUAUUACCCUCAGUUCCGACAGGAACUUCAAUCAGACCAUCAGGAUUAAACGAGACAACAGCCAUAUAGCCAAUCGUAUCCAGGUCCCGCAUCGUCCUGGGGCAGACGUGUUUCUAACAGCACGAGGUAAAGGAACUGCAAAUGUGAUGUUCACCACAUCUUACAACGUGGCUGCAGGCAAAGAUGAACUCUGCAAGUUUGAUCUUCAUGUGAACUUCACGGAGUUGUCCAUGCAAGAAACAUUGGAUUACAGAAAUCAGACUAACAGGAAACUAAGGAACAAGAAACCCUACAGGAUGAACGUAUGUGCCAGGGCUUCCAGAGUCGGAGACACCGGCAUGGCGAUCAUUGAUGUGGGCAUCCUUAGUGGAUUCUCUCCUGACCCUGAUGAUCUUGAAAAGAUCCAGACUAAGGACUUUAUCGACGCUUUCGAGACAUCGAACCGCGCCGUCGUGUUCUACUUGAAAUCCAUCCCACAUGACAAGGAAGUCUGUCUGCAAUUCCAUGUCAUCAGGCAAUACAUCGUAGGAAAUAUGCAAUCCAGCUACGUUCGCGUUUACUCAUACUACGACGUUGAAACCGCCUGCACGCAGUUCUACGCCCCUGACUCGGCUAGCCCUUUGCUGAAGACACGGUGCGAAAAUACAGGUGUCUGCCGAUGCGCAGAAGGAGGAUGCCCGUUGGAGAACCCCCUUAAGAAAUUUAUGGAGGAUCCGCAAGCAAAGCUGGUUGGAGGUAACGGAACCAUCUCACGCGAUACACAGAGAGAACUUCUCAGGGAAUUCGCAUGCGAUAAAGCGGAUUUUGUUUGGAUCGGAACGAUAGAGCAGCAGAAGCCGGCAGACGGAUUCUUCAAUAUCGGCUUCCGGGUCAAUCGGACUCUAAAGCAAGGAUAUGAAGAUGACCUUAAUGGACAAGUUCGUCGACUAAAGAUUCGCGAUAGGUGCCACCAGUUCAAAAGUCUAAAACCAAACAAAAGGUACAUUCUGAUGGCUCCCGACUCUGAAAUACAGGAAGAAAUUGAAGGAGUUGAACAGAUCGUCUAUCACAUCGACCAGAGUUCGCUUCUGUUCGAAAAAGAGCGGAGGAUGAGAGCGGAAAAGCAACUGGUAAACUGGUUCGUGGGAGAGUUUGAAAAAAAUAAGGGAGAGUACUGCCCUUCGUGAGGCUCACUGAGGGUCGCCCUUCUCCAGCUUGUGACGAAACGAGAAGACCCAGUGGAUAAGAAGGAAGGGAAAUACUCAUCUGGUACCAAAACCUUUAUUGUGUGUGUAAAAUGAUGUGGUGCAGAGAAAAAAAUGUUGACGUGAGCACAAAAUAUGCGACCCAUUUAUGUAACACAUUGUUAUAAGUAUGGAGAAUAGAGGAAAGACCAAGAUAGUAUCAGCUUGCAUAAAAAACUAAAACAACAAAUAUGAAGGAAACACAUAUGUUAUUUAGUCUAAUGGUCUUACUGCUGAUCGUGACACUUAACAAAGCAAUAUGUUACCUAAUGAAAUGGAUUUUGGAUUGUUAUCUGUUCAGUGACAAGCGCACACCUUCAUUGGCCUCUUUCUACGUGUCUGUGUAACCGAAAUCCGCUUUUCACGCUGUAUCUCCGUGAGGAAUCUAUUAAAGUUUCAUGUACUGA